ACGUUGCACAAGAUAUUAACCUGACAUCAUCAUGAAAUCAUCCAUUCGAGGAGUUGAACUUCUUGAAAGUAUAUCACCAGUAUACAAACCCUUGACCAAGAUGUCUGACCAGUCACGUCUUGCAAGUUUCUUUUCAUACCCUUACUCAUCUGAAGUAAGUGCUACCGCACUGGCUGAAGCAGGAUUCCAUUACGAAGGAUCUGGUGACACAGCAUAUUGUAAGCAUUGUGGACUGAAGCACGGUGGAUGGAAGAAGGGAGAUAAUCCCAGAAGUAUACAUCUGGAGAAUUCACCUAAGUGUUCUUUCUUUGAAACAAGUGAGUCUGAAUGUUUUGUUUACGAGGAAAUCCCAGAAGAACUUUCAGUUGGCGCAUGUGGUGGACCUCCUGAUGAACAGGUUAAAUUAAAAAUGGAGGAACAGACAUGUCAAUUCCCUAAUUCCAGCAUUCAUACCAACAAAGUAAAACUUCAUGAUUCUAAAAGUGUAAGACUGACUGCAGAAGUACCAAAACCAAGAGAUCCAUUGGAACAUUUGUUGAAUGUCAGCACUGAACAAUCUCUCAGUAAUGAUGAAACAGAUCCAAAUAUUCCUGACAGUUUGAAGUGCAGCAAUGCUACGACACACUCUCCAUCCCAGUCUUCUAACAAUGCUCUAAUACAACAAUGCGAGCAACGAGAAGACACAACAGAGACACAAACAGAGGAAUCACACAAUCAGAGAAGUAGAGAAAUUUUGUCUGUUACAAGACAUGAUUCUACAAGUCAAACACCCAUAAAUUCAGCCGUGGAAAGUGUCCCACCGAAGUAUCGGCAGUUUGCUGUACUAUCUACACGUCUCAGCUCCUUUGGGAACUGGCCAAAGAGUCUGAAACAAUGUCCCGAAGACCUAGCCAAAGCAGGACUCUUUUAUGAAGGAACAAAUGAUUAUGUGAGAUGUUUCCACUGCGGAGGUGGAUUACGUGAAUGGGACCCAGAAGAUGACCCUUUCUACGAGCAUGCACGUUGGUUUCCAUUCUGUCCAUUCAUGAGACUAAUCAAAGGUGAUGGUUUCAUAAUGAGUGUCCAGUCGGGAACACUGAAACCACCUACACCACAGGGCAAUGACUCCAGAAAAGAAAACAAAGCAAGCGACUUGGAACACCCGGCUGUGUUAAGCAUCAUGGAACUGGGCUACAAUAAAUCCUUAUUGUCAAAAGCAAUAACCAUCUACAGACAACGAACCGGAGCGGAGUUAAGUGCAGAAAAACUUUUACCUAUUGUCUGGGAAAUCGAAGAAAUGGAUAACGACGACAUCACUUCUGAUGCUGAGUUUUCUGAAAACGAUCAGGAAAGUGAAAGUAAUGGCACAGAAACAACAUCAGUAGUGACCAGUACUCACACAAAAGGUAUCGAAGAACUGAGGGCAGAAAACCUGGAACUUCGUGAACAGAAGAGGUGUAAAGUGUGUCUAGACGAGGAUGCCAGUAUUGUGUUCCUACCUUGUGGACAUUUGGUCACGUGUCCCAUGUGUGCUUCGGCCCUGCGGAAGUGUCCAGUGUGUCGCACCUACAUUAGAGGCACAGUCAAGGCUAUUAUAUCUUAAACAAGUUAUUUGUGUGCUAAGUUUAUUGCCCAAUGAACAGCCUGGGUGAUUUUGUGGUGGGGUUCCCUUAUAGUAGCUGAUGGCUUUCUCAAGGACAACCAUACAGGAGACCCAAUACACACCAUCCGGAACAAUUUGGAUAAAAUGUCUUG